CUAUAUCCUAGACAGGCUUCAGCUUCUUGUGGCUCCUGGUACUUGCCACACUGCAGAAGGGAACAUUGCAGCUGCAGAGUACUUCCAGGGUGCCUGGCUCUUGGAGAUUUGAGCUUUUGAGCAGAUUUCUGACUGAAGAUGAAUUUAGCAGAGAUUUGUGAUAAUGCCAAAAAAGGAAGAGAAUAUGCACUCCUUGGGAAUUAUGACUCUUCUAUGGUAUAUUACCAGGGUGUCAUCCAGCAAAUCCAGAGACAUUGCCAGUCGAUCAGAGAUCCAGCAAUUAAGGGCAAAUGGCAACAGGUCCGACAAGAAUUAGUUGAAGAAUAUGAACAAGUUAAGAGCAUUGUCAACACUUUAGAGAGUUUUAAAAUGGACAGACCUCCAGAUAUCUCUGUAUCCUGUCAAGAUGAGCCUUUCAGAGAUCCAGCUGUUUGGCCUCCUCCUGUACCAGCUGAACACAGGGCUCCACCUCAGAUAAAACGUCCCAACCGCGAUGGAAAAUCUUUGAAGAAAGACUCGCCAGGACUGCAGCCCCGCGGGCCUGCGGGCAGAGCACACCUGGUGUCCAAGGGGGAGAAAUCUUCCGGCAGCCGCGAAAGGGAAUCCAGAGCCAGGGGAAGGGAUGACAAGGGAAAGAAACUACCCCAGGAAUUCAGUGAUGGGGAAAUUCCAAAAUUUGAUGGAGCUGGUUACGACAAAGACCUGAUCGAAGCUCUUGAAAGAGACAUUGUGUCAAGGAAUCCAAGCAUUCAUUGGGAUGACAUAGCGGAUUUGGAAGAAGCCAAGAAAUUAUUAAGAGAAGCUGUUGUUCUUCCAAUGUGGAUGCCUGAUUUUUUCAAAGGGAUCAGAAGACCUUGGAAGGGGGUGCUGAUGGUUGGUCCUCCUGGCACUGGCAAAACAAUGCUGGCAAAAGCUGUUGCUACAGAAUGUGGGACAACAUUCUUCAACGUGUCUUCCUCUACACUGACGUCUAAGUACAGAGGCGAGUCUGAGAAGCUGGUCCGCCUCUUGUUUGAAAUGGCACGGUUUUAUGCGCCAACAACAAUCUUCAUUGACGAGAUAGAUUCCAUCUGCAGCCGCAGAGGCACAUCUGAUGAACAUGAGGCCAGUCGCAGAGUCAAGUCAGAGCUGCUUGUGCAAAUGGAUGGGGUAGGUGGUGCUCUGGAAAACGAUGACCCUUCCAAGAUGGUUAUGGUAUUAUCUGCUACAAAUUUUCCCUGGGACAUCGACGAAGCUCUCCGACGGAGACUGGAGAAGAGGAUUUAUAUACCUUUGCCCACAGCAAAAGGCAGGGCAGAACUACUGAAGAUUAAUCUUCGGGAAGUAGAACUAGAUCCUGAUAUCAGCCUUGAAGAAAUUGCUGAGAAGAUUGAAGGCUAUUCUGGUGCUGACAUCACUAAUGUUUGCAGGGAUGCAUCUUUAAUGGCAAUGAGAAGACGUAUUAAUGGCUUAACUCCAGAAGAGAUUCGUGCACUUUCUAAGGAGGAGCUUCAGAUGCCUGUUACCAAGGGGGACUUUGAGCUGGCUCUGAAGAAAAUCUCCAAAUCCGUUUCUGCUGCAGACCUGGAGAAGUAUGAAAAAUGGAUGGCGGAGUUUGGAUCUGCUUAAUCUCAGUGACAGCUUUCCUUUGCUGGAGUUUUAUGGUUUUUGUUGUUCUCACUUUCAAAAUGAGUUAGAAAUCUUUUUAAAGGUUUAAUAAAAGGUCUGCCUCUGCCCUCAUCCCAACCCUUUCUGCUGACAGGAUCUUUUAAGCUGCUUGCCUUUAAAGGGAAUGAACACUAUAAUGAGCUGAUAUUGUAAAAGAUAUUUUAUCUCUGAAGUAGAAAAAUAAGACAAACAGGAAGGGAAAAAUCAUACUUCUGAGGGUAGUCUUUUUAUUUUUCAAAUGAAGAGCAGUGUUACUUAACUUCCUCCUAGUCAUUUUUUAUGGCUGGAGUCAAUAAAUCAGCUGGGGGAUGUGACUCCAGAGGAACAGACAAGGGCUUGCUGUACCCCCCCUGCUCUUAAGUGCUGCUUCUGCCUCCCUUGAAUGUGGCAUCCAAGUUAUUAUUCUUUCUCUCUGUGCUCGGAUAUUCAGAGCAAAGCCUGUGGAUUAAUUGGCAUUACACAGAGGAAAUGAGGAUCAGUUUUCCAUCAAGACAUGGGCCUGACUCUCCUCUCAUGUACUCCCAUUUAGAACUGAUGUCACUUCAGACUGUUAUCAGUGUUACCUGCAAUGACUUCAGAUGGGAAUGAGAGGGAAAGAAAAAGGCAUGGUUUGUUCUUAGUCUGGUUUAUGCUUGUUCUCUGAACAUAGUUUGAACCUGUUUGACCAGUAGGCACUUUGACUUAGGUUAUAACUUGCACUUUUAUGCUUUAUAUAUCAUCUUGUGCUUUGUCUGUGCUAUCUAAAUGUAAUUGUUAUUACUAUUAUUAUUAUUUUAGUACUAAGAGUUUAAUAAAGACACUAAUUUCAAGGCUGUAUUUAAAACACAA